CUGAAUAUCGACAGGUUUGAGAUCUACUGCGGAAAAAAGCAGCACGCGAGUGAUGCCCACAAGACCGACAUGAAGUCUGGACCAGCGGCGGUCGUGCGAAAUCUGCUGGAAGUGUUUGGACCAGACUCAAAAAAGCAGGGUAUGAGGCUGGUCGUGGUUAACCGCUUCUAUACAUCGGUGGCCUUAGCGAUCCAGCUCCUGCUCAUGGGGUUCUACUGUGUCGGCACGAUAAUGACAAACCGACUCGGCUACUGCAAGGAGGUGAUCGAAAAGAAGAAGACGCGCCCGGAGGACAUUGCGCGGGGCUCAUUCAAAAUUGCAAAGUCCAAGCUGGUUCCAAACAUGGCUGCCAUCAGCUGGUGGGACUCGCGUCCUGUGCAUUUCCUGUGCACCGGUGGCAGUCAUGAGCUCGAUCGUGUUGCACGG